GGAAAGUGAUCCAGAUAUCUGUUCUGAUUGAUCCUCAGCAGCCGUUUUACUCCCUGAUAGUAACUAAGACGCCUUCCACAAUGGAGAUUCGGUGGAUGCACAGCAUCCAGCUGGUGCUGCUUCUAACCCUCACCACUAUUCCCAUCAUCCGAGCGACGUCAUCGAAAGAACAAAAGCAGCACGAAAGCUUAGGAAACAGUCCCAGCGUAGCAUCGGCAUCAAGCAAAUGGGACUCCUCUCCCAGGGUAGAAAGCGACACGCAUCCCGAUUCCGGUCACUUUCGAUUGGUAGACGACGAGCUAAUUGGUGCGCGUGCGGCUACAGAGUCGUCGCCGUCGUCGUCAUUCACGCACAGCACCCAACCCAAGAAGCACCUACUGGGCAAGGAAAGCAAAAAGUACCGGAAAAAGUACGUGUCCGAAGAUGAUUAUCGAAAAUCGAUGCCACACGCCGAUGCCCCACAGUCUGCGGAUGGUGUUGGCAGCACCGGGGAAAAGCAAACGACUGGAACAUCAGCCAAAUCCAGCGAACCGCACAGCAGAAAGAAGCGCCUGAUCUGGGUUACGGACGAUGGUCGGCUGGCACUGCCGCCCGGUACGUCACUAACGAUUGCGCCGACGAUCGCGCUGCCGUUUGUGCGUUACCCACCGACCGGCUUUCUGUCCAACAUCUCUAUCAGUUUGCCCAUAACGAUUGACUUCGAUAAGCUGGGCCUGACGGAUAACCAGAAUCCGCUCGGUGUGUUACCGCCCCUGUUUGCGAGAUCGAUGGGCCAGGCAGCCGGAUCGGUACUGGCGGACUAUGUGUCGGACUACAUGCGGCUGCAGAGACGGAAGCGUAGCAUUCCGAGCACGGCGAACGAUCACUUCAAGAUCACGACAAACCGGUUGGAUGAUGAGGAUGGUGGAGAUCAGUCAAUGCCACAACUUCCGGCAGAACAUAAGCAUGCGUUCCAUGGUGGAGAACGAGCGCUCCUGUACGUGGUGGUGGAAGAUUUCAUCGCAAACUUUGGUCUGGACGGGAGAGCAUGCAUGCUUCGUGCCAUAUGUGAGGUGCAUUCGAAAUCGAUCGAAAAAUUUGGCCUGAUCGGAGAGAUGCUGAAACUCUUCUUUACCGCAUCAUUGUCGCCAUAUUCCGAGCAUUUAGACGAGUACGUGACGGCGGAAAAGGUUGGCCGGGGACAGGAUGGACCGGGCGAAUGCUUCCCAUACUACAAGGACUGUCCGCGUAGCUUAUUCCGCUCGUCAAACAACCCCCAACACAUGUAUCAGCAACCGGAGCAACGUCACCGGCCAUCGGACUUUGACCGUGAUGUAGACGACGAGGAACACUUUGACAACGAGAUUCCAGGAGAUCCGGUGCGUGAACCACGUGCCACUAGCAGUUCGCGAAGCAGCAACACCAAAGAAAACACGAUCGUACAGCUGGAGCAGCGUGAUCUAGCGGAGAUGGCAAUGUAGGGAAGUAAAGGUGGCCAGCACAAUCUGUAGGCAAAAACGUAUAUCUCGGGGUUUUUGUAGUUUCUGGUGCUACAAAGCGGUUUUUUUUUUUUGUUUGGUUUGGUUAGGCGAGGAAGAAAGAUCCAACCAACAGAAGGGUAUUAAAGAGUAGAAACGUUCGAAUGAUUGAGAGUUACUGUUGUAAAGCUUAGUGUAAUAGAGAUCGGCAGUGGAGAUCGUGGGAUGAUGGUCCCUGGUUUAGAUAGAAUAGUAAUUUAUUCCUAUUUGUUAGACCCGAACGUUGUGUUAAGCGGGUGCAUGUUGUUGAAAGUACGAGUGGUUUGGCGAACACGUAGACCAAUGUCCAAUGUGCAGAACAGUCCUACGAGGAAGUAGACAGCGUUGUUUUUAUUAUUUAUUGUAACUAUUUGCAGCAACAGGUGCCCAUAAUUUUGAAUUAGUCGCUAAAAAAAUGCAGGGAGAACGACGAAGAGAAAUAAAGUGAAUCGAGUCGUGUAAAUAUCAGCAAAAUGUGUGAUUUUAUAUUGAAUAAAACACCUUACCACUUGA